GUGGCGGCGAUCGAGAGGUCACGUGAUGAGCAUCCUGCUGCCCAACAUGGCGGAGUUCGACACCAUCUCGGAACUGGAGGAGGAGGAAGAAGAAGCGGCAACGUCGUCGUCCUCGCCGUCGUCGUCGUCGUCGGUAUCGGGGCCCGACGACGACGAGGAAGAUGAGGAGGAUGAGGAAGAAGAGGACGACGAAGAAGAAGAGGAGGAGGAGGAGGAGACACCGCCCCCGCCUCGGGUAGUGAGUGAGGAGCAUCUGCGGAGAUAUGCCCCUGAUCCUGUAUUGGUGCGGGGCGCCGGCCACAUCACUGUGUUUGGCUUGAGCAACAAGUUUGAUACUGAAUUUCCCUCAGUUCUAACAGGGAAGGUGGCCCCGGAAGAAUUUAAGACCAGCAUUGGCCGUGUGAAUUCAUGUUUGAAAAAGGCUCUCCCGGUCAAUGUGAAAUGGCUACUAUGUGGUUGUCUCUGCUGCUGUUGCACACUGGGUUGCAGCCUGUGGCCUGUUAUUUGUCUCAACAAAAGAACCAGAAGAUCAAUUCAGAAGUUAUUAGAAUGGGAAAAUAACAGAUUAUAUCACAAGCUUGCUUUGCACUGGAAGUUGACUAAAAGGAAAUGCGAAACUAGCAAUAUGAUGGAGUAUGUAAUACUAAUAGAAUUCUUACCAAAAUAUCCCAUAUUCCGACCUGACUGAGGAAUUUUAUUCAGUCACUUCUGUGUUACUUGUCAUUUCCUACCCUUAGUGCCUUGUAGAUGAUUUUGGAAUGAAGAUGGUCUCCUUUGCUGUGUUCAACUUAUUCCUUAUUUCUUCUUAUUAUUAUUCUUUAGAAUAUUCUCCUUACUCUUUUAUUUGUGUUGGUUUAAGAAGAAAAUUUGCACAUCCUUUUUUUGUUAAUGAAGCUUGUGUUUUGCACUCUAUAUUUUUAAAUAAAUACACAUACAGAGAUGUAUAUGUAUAUAUAUAGUUGCCACUAAAGAUAAAUCAUCAGUGCCGGUGUUUAAAAAACAGAAACAAAAAUUUGUUCUGAGCAUGCUGCCUUAUAAUUUUCAUACUCACUGUUUCUAAAUAUGCAUCAUUUUUCUAGGCUACUUAAUGCUCUGUAAUCCCUUACUGGACAUAAGUAAAUAAGCUUUUGGUAGCUUUUAGAAAUGGUUUUACUCUUACUUGCUUUUAAAGGACAUGCAAUUAAUAGCACUGGUUUUGUCCUGCACUUUGCUAAAUUAUCACUUAUGUUAGUGGAUAAAAUAUUUAAACUCUUAAAAGACUUGUAAAUAUUGUCUCUUUGCAUAACAUAAAAUGUGAUAUGCCAUGGUUUACAGAACGUAAUAUUACUCUUACUGUAUUGCCAACAAAUCUACAUAGAUUUAAAUAUGAAUGAAGUUCGCAAGCAUCCUCUUGAAUGUGUAGACUGUUAACAUGCUGUUUUAUGGCAGAGCCAUAAUGAGUUUGUUAAAAAUUUCAGGUGUAGGGCAGGAUUGCCCUUUGUAAUGAGUGGAUUAAAAUUGAAAUCAUUGUCUGAGAUAUUCUGCAUUGCACCUGAAACCAAGAACCUUAGUUUUUCCAUUUAAUUCAGUAAUUCCCAUUUUGUCCUCCACUCCCACUCCCCAAAAAAUUCAUUUGACAUCCAACACAUUUCACAGCUUCACUGUCCUUAUUUAUUGCCUUUUAUGUAUCCUUUCCCUCACUUGAAAAUACACACAAUUAUGAUCUGUAAGGAGUGUUUCAAGAUUUCACAUUCUUGGGAGGUGCCUAGGUCCUCAUGUAAGCCACACUAAUCCCUUUUUGAAGUUCUGAUAUUCUGCUUUGGGAAAGAGAGCGAGCUAAUUGAGAAGCUGUACCUAAAGAAUAUAUAGUGGCUGAUUCAUAAUUGAUAAA